AUGGUUCUUACGGAGGAAGAGCAGAAAGAACUGCUUCGCCUACAGGAGAAGGCGAAGGAAGGUGUGAAACAGUCAGCAGGCAGCUCACAAAGGUCAGCUGGUGGAAUGACGGAUGCUUCGAAACGCAGGCUUGAUGACAAGCCACAGGCAGAAGAGUUUGAGCUGGUGGCACCGUUUGAUGAGGAGCUUGGCUACUACAACCUGUAUGACACCCAAAAUACAGGAAUUGCGUUGCCAAAAGAUUGCGAGGCAGCAACACAAUGGGGAUCUACCAAGAUGGUAAUGGAGAAGUACAAGGCAGAAGGGUUGAGCUAUGAGAAGCUCGUGCUACGAGCGGUACAUGGAGACAAGGAAGCCGACCGCUACUGCCGAUUCAUCAUGAACAAAUAUGGAGAUUCCACUAUGGCUACGCAAGGGCCGGAUUUCGCCAGGUUCUUGCUGCGGGUGAAGUUUGACCAGCAGAAGCGUGUGGAAG